GAUCCUGUAUAUACGCACACACAUAUUCGAUUCGUCACGUUUACGCUCUCUCUACUCGUGGGAUACUCGCGCGUGGUUCGAGGUGAGACCUUACAGGUUCGGUUAGGUUCCACCGCUCGCUCCGCCAAUAACACAGGGUGCCUGGGUGUGGUUUAUUAGUGCCGUGGGAUUGUCAGGUGGGAUAGCGUUCCAUGAGAAGACUAUAGUCUUGCGCGUCCAGUCGUCGGGCGGGCGUUUCGUUGGUAAUUGGCGAUUCCCACGCAGGAGACAGGAACACAUAGGGAGCGGCGACAUGAAGAAGAGGAGCCUGUCCGGCAACGUCGGCGUCGGCGUGUUCCUGGUGGCCUUCGUAUGCGUGUGCGUCGCCUUUGGCACGCCCUCCUGGUUGGUCAGCGAUCCGCGGAUCAUCGGCGCACAGUUCGACCGACUCGGUCUCUGGCGACACUGCUUCAGGUCGCUGCCGAAUCCCCAGGAGUCCGACGCGCCCCGACGAUUCUUCGUCGGCUGCAGAUGGGUCUAUGAUCCGUUUACCGCUGGCUACUCCGACAUUCGUGGCUUCCUAUUGCCUCCAUUUAUGAUAGCCACUCAAGUCUUCUUUACGGUAUGCUUUCUGCUGGGUCUAAUAUCCUUCUGUCUGAUAUUACUCUUUACUCUGUGCUGCGAUCCAGAACGGAAGAGAUAUAUUGAGCUGAUAAGUACUAUUGGUUAUUUGCUACUAGCCAGUGGUCUCAGCGGUGGCAUAGCAGUCAUUGUAUUCGCUUGCCUUGGUAACGCAGACAGCUGGAUGCCUGGACACUUUAAUAAUUAUUUAGGAUGGUCCUUCGCUCUAGGCGUCAUAGGUAGCGUACUGAUGUUAAUAGCGAGCGGCUUAUUUUUGGUAGAGGCGAAUGUACAACGAAAGAAACGAGAUUAUCUGAAAGAAUCUCAAACGCGGUUUCAACUCGAAUCUCGCUUAAAUGAAUGACUUGACAAUUGUUCAAUAAUGUGUUCAUGAGAACUGCGCAUAAAUGUUAUACUAAAAUUCUAAUAUCAUUCCGUCCACAAAGUGCAAAACCUUCGUAGAAGAAUCUCUUUCUGUAGAAUGUACAAAAGCAAAUUUACAUUUUAAUUUAAGUUUAGGAUAGAAUACGUAAGUUUAAUAUUUUUGUAUGAUAUUUUAUAUCUACCUUUAUAUUACAUAUAUAGGAUGAUAGUAUUGUAUGAUAGUGUUAUCGUUAAUAUAUAUAUGUAUAUAGGAUGUUUUAUGUAACUCGCGCCUUAAAACACUAUAACAGAAAAAAACUUUUGAAAAACUGAAUAAUAUAAAAAAACAGUUUCUGUGCAAUUUUUUUUUACUCCAAGUGACAAUUUCUUAGUGAAAUAUAAAUAUUUAAAAUUUAACCGAUUAUAGAUUAUAUUUAAAAAAAUUGUUCAUCCAUUCUGUAAAUAUUGCGCAGUCAUUAUUAUUACUUAAUUUUUAAUUAAAUUUCCAGGCCACUUAUAAAACAUCCUGUAUAUUGUUUUUAUAUAUAUUUAUAUUAUCGUUAAGCUUUAUGCACAAAAUGUAUCGCAUAAUGUAAAUUUACAUUGUCUAACGCGAAUACGUAUCUGAUGAAAUCUAGGCUUUUUAAAUAACGAAAUCAAUCAGAAAUAUUCAAACAAAUUUUAUACUCCGUCCUUUAUCAAAUAAAAUUUCUAAUUCAAAA